AUGCUGUCUCUCACCCGUAGUCCGACUCCUGGUUCCCCCACCAAAGGCCCUUCGCUGACGACGUUGCCGCCCGAGCUGACGCUACGCUGUCUCGAGUUCGCCUCGGCUCAGGCGAUCGUGAGAGUGUCCGAGACGUGUCGCAGCCUGCACGCGAUCGCGCGUUCCGAGCUGCUGUGGCGCCAGAUCUGCGUAUCGAUACACACCUCGGAUGGUGGAGAACCUUUGUCCGAACCAGUACGACUUGGUGGCAAGUUCGUACCCAGAUCCAAGCACCUCCACCCUAGCUCUCCGCCGCCGGCAACCGAGACCGACACCGUCGAUCGACAAUCGUCGGCGGCGCAAAGCUCUCACCGUUCAGACUCGGCGAAUUUGAACGACGAGUCAAUCACGGACUGCGAUGGUGAUGGCUGGUGGAAGCAAACCAGUUUUCUGUUACCCCACUCGCAGCAUCUCGGCUAUUGGAUAUCCUCAUCCCCGUACACGUGAGUCGCCCGUGGACUGGAGCCGGGCGACGCUGUGAAGAUUCGGCGCUAAUCAGGCUUCGACCGGUGUGCAGUUCCCGCAUCGUACGCUUAAGAACGUCCCUCGCAGAGACCGACACAUCCGCAAUACCGACCCUGACCAUCACCGCGUCGCAGUUGAUACCUCGCAACCUGUAUCAUUCGCUUGCGCACCCACCCCCGAUUUUGCCACACGGAUGCCGCCGAGAUGGGCGCGAUCAUGCCUCGUACUACGUCCCCCGUCGCGGUCCAGGAUCCGCCACCCCUGAUCGAGGUCUAUCCGUCGAUAUCCUCGAUCCAGAGUAUGGAUGGAGGGACUUGUUCAGCAUCAAUGAGUCUUCCGGAGCGCUCCUUUCGACAGCUCCGUACUCGGGCACAUCCCCAGACCGAUUCGGCCAGCAGCUUCGGCUACGCUUGGAGAAAGUGAUCAGGGAUGUGCUCCACUCGACAGGUGGUUACCACAACGAACAGGAGCGCAGUCGCCAAGACGCAGACAGUCUGAUCAGACUCUUCACCGGGCGAGCGCCGAUCCGACCUUGGCCCACCGAAGAAUUGGUAGGCGUUGACCUUGCCCCAGCCUCAACUCCGACUCGCAGGCGAGGCAUUUUUCGCGGUAUGAACGAAUGGGUUUUGGAUCGAGGACAACCACGCAGUGUUACGCAAGAGGUGACAGAGCCUCAUUCACCCGCUUCUUCUUCGUCCAUCUCGCUCCCUCGUUCGGUCGGUGAUCUUGCCGAUGGGACCGUGCCAUUUGACGACCCCCGUCUGGGUUCUCGCACCGUCGUCGAGGGUUUCCAUCUCCAAGUACGACGAAAGCUCACGACACUGCCGGGCAUGUUUUCGCGGUCACCGCCUCAAAACGUCCUUCGUCAGUUCGACCCGCUUGGUGGACCCCGAGUUGCCAACGCAGAAGUCCCUUAUCGACCCAUGCGAGGGCCGAGAGGUGGUCCCGAGAUCCUUUGGAACGGUGGGCGCGACCUCGAUCCAGACCCACACCCCGGUGUUGCAAUAAUUCGAGCUGGGGGAGAAGUGCUCGGCCAGCCGGGCGGAUUCGUGUUCCAUUUGCAGCCCGAAACCCUGCUGCCGACGCAGCCCUUGCCGCAAGAGCAUAAUGAGGAAUACCACGGAGAGGAAAUCGUCAGGACCGAUCGUACGUUGUAGCAAUGAGGUCCUGAGUUAUUGUAGCACUGCCUAUUUUGCUAAAUCCGAACGAUCGUUCGUGCGCAGGCGAAGAAUUUUACCUCAUCGUGGCGCCUUCGAAUACGAUCAAGUACGGCGACACGAUACCCGCCACGGUCGGUCCGGAUGGAGAGAUUCUAGCCUCUUCCUUGGAGGGCCUCUGGUGAGUUGUCCUUCCUAACAGCGUUCACCGUGGCAUAUCUGCCUGGCUACAUUCCUCCAUACCGAACGCAGGAUUGGCACCUACGGACCGCACGGCCUCGAAUUCGGCUACAUCACCGUUCGUCUCGUCGCGAGCGAUACGAUGCCGUCCGUACACCCCGAUGCGACAGUAUACGAACGUCAACUCGAAUUUUGCAAGGUCACUGGUGAUGCGAACGUGCCGUCGGGUCAGGUGAGCGCUGCCCUACACGCGUGUUCGGCCAACUCCCAACUCCCGAGAUAGGGGUUGAUCAUCCGUUCGCUCAUUCCCUGCUCCAGAUCUCUUGGGCAAUCCCUCUAAGCCCCAUUGAAGAAGUUGCAAGUUCGAUCGACCAAGUAACCCUCGGUACAAUCCCAAGUGUGAGGAACGAACAGCUAUUGCGAUGGUCCGCCUUCGAUCCAGACGAUUGGAAUGGUUCUCAGGAGGUGCCGGAUUGGGAUCAGGGGACUAUGGAAGGAUGGGGUAGAGUUGCUGCUGUUGGGUGCGUUUUCAGACGCCCAGUCCCUGGAAUGCCGAAGAGGUCUGACCUUCAUGCGGAUCUUUUGUUUGCGCCAACAGGUUCUCCAACGCCGGUGCGACCCCUACCCAGAUGAUUUUUAUCCGAUCGACCGAAACGAUAGAGCCACCUCCGGACGCACCACUUGGAGCAGAAACGAAGCGCAUCGACGUCGUGGAAGAGAUCCGAUUGCGUUGGACCGAGAUGGGCAAGACGGCUGUGUUCAAACGAGUGCGAUUGCCGGCUCGUUGA